AUGUCUGUUGACUACUUACAAACAAAAAUGCACAAUUUUUUGAUAAACGCCGAAGAACGCCAUAUAAAUAUAAAUGCUACCUCCGUUGUUCAUCAAGGCUUAGAAGAGAAUCCCUGGAUUCCACAAAACGAGUUGAGAGAAAUCGUGAAUCGAAUAUUUGAAGAUGCAUUUGAAGGAGUCUCGACAUUGUAUGAUCUCGGAAAACUAAAAAGAGAUACGGGGCUCUUAUAUCAAAGCUUAUUAUCUGACUUAAAUGCAAUAUCAAUUACAAAUCUAUCAUGGAAAGAUCCUUUGGCCAGUCAGGUAAUUAGCGAUGAAUCCGAAUUUGUAAAAAAAUUACCAGAGUUUAAAAAAAAGGAUUUAUGGAAAUUUGUACUAGAUUUCAAUGGGUAUCAAAUCAAGAUGAACCUGGCUAAAUUCAUACACGAUGGGAUUUGGAAAGAAUCUAAUGAAGAUAUCAGACCAUUUAGUUCCGAACUUGCAAAAACAUUAAAUGAAGGGACUUACCAAUCAAUCGUUAUAGUAUCUGUCAUUCGCACAACAUUAAAAAAUCUUCCUAUUGGAGACUCCUUUUUUAUUAGUACAUCGGAGAAGCAAAGUAUUGCUAGCGCUAAUAGAAAAGGAUCCACAAAAAAGGACGACGAUAAAAUUAAGUUAUGGCGAGAGACUAAUGAUGGACUAUAUUGGAUACGCCAAAGUCUUAAACCGGAUAAAGAUCAGUUUGGUAUUGUAGGUAUUCAAGUAGCAGGUAGCGUAUUACACCUGAAUCUUCUUGUGCGAGAUAUG